AAAAGAAUAUACCUACGUAAGUCCGAAACCGAAGUCCCAACCCAACCGGGUCCUCGUGCGUACGGUCCGGAUCUUCUCUCGGCGGCGAGUCGUCGGCGCCGUCGUCGUCGUCGUCUUACGUACUCGCAGUUGCUUCCCAGCUAGAGCCUUACCCUCUUCCUUCUUCCUCCCUGCGUGCGCGGCUCCCAUGUCACUCUUUGCUGAAUCGCGCGGCGCCCACGAAAAUGAGAGAUGAAGGACGAGCUCAGCGACGCCGUUCCCUGCUCCUCCCUCGCCGUGGAUUCCAUCCUCCGCGUCGGCACGGCAGGUGCGAUCUGGGGGUUAUGCAUAGGUCCAUACGAUGCUCGGAAAAGUGGCCUUUCUGGGAUGCCUCGGGCGUCCUUUGUGGCAAAAUCGGUCGGCAAAUUCAGCUUCCAAUGCGGACUGGUUGCUGGAGUUUUUACAGUGACACGCUGUGGAAUACAGAGAUACCGAAGGAGGGAUGAUUGGGUAAAUGGCCUGGUUGCGGGAGCUGUGGCUGGGGCAGCUGUUGCUGCAGGGACAAGAAGCUGGACGCAUGUGCUUGGGAUGGCUGGCCUAGUUUCUGUCUGUAGUGCUGCUGCUGAUUUUUCCAGAACAAACUAGAAUCACCAGGUCAGAUAAAUCCUUGGUGCCUAAGAAAUAGGCAAUUUUUCCAGUUCCGCCAAGGAUAGUUGUCGGUAUCUUUUGGUUUUCAAGAAUCAUCUAGGAUAAACAAUUCCCAGGCUGAUUUUAGAUUUGAUUCUUUUGGCAAUGAAACAAAGAAGGGGAUAAGAAGUCCUCUUGUCAUCUGCUUACUGAGUUUGGUUGUAGAAAUCAUCUCAAAGUGCAGGGAAACAAGUAUUUAUGUGUAUGAAAUAUUGCGUAUACGUGGUGGCUUUAUGAUUGGUUUACGA